AUGCGCCUGAACAAGCUCGUAGACUUCAACUACUCCGUGGGCUUAGAUGUACUGAAAAAUUUUGACAUAGUUAACUACCUAAUAGUAGUGAUUGUGCUGCUGGCAGUAGUGCUAGCCAUAUUCAAUGAAGACGCAUCGACGGGCUCGCCAAGAUUGUCGUGGAUAUUAGGAGAGUUCCUACCAAUUCAGCAGUCGAUUUUUUCACUAAACGCCAAUGCAGAGAAGAAAUUAUUUAAAAAGAAAAAUGGCAAGGUGUAUACAUUUAUCACUUUUGUUUGUAACUUGUUCAUCAAGUUGAAGUGUUCCAUUCUGGAGGGGACCUUCCUGCAUCUACUAAAGGGGUUCUACAAAAAUGGGAUCAGCAAGUUGGUGCUGUACAAAAAUUUGGCUAUCUUAAAAUACAAAUCAGAAUCCAAAAGGCACUUUUAUUAUUUAGUUCUGAAGGAGAAGUAUAAACUACCGAUUGAGAAAGACGAAAGUGAAAUGAAGAGCUAUUUAGAUGCAAAAAGGGAACUCAUUCGAAUGAAUAAAUGGGCCUUUAUGUGGAAGGUAUCUGGAGUAAAGAACGAAUACAUCACCUGUGAAAAUGCAAAAGUGAGACCCAUAUCGUCUUACUCGUAUUUAGAUUUCAUAAGGGAACCGCUCGUACAGAAUUAUGCCAUUAAAGCAGCUACGGAGUGGUCCACUGGUAAUCAUGGCCCCAGAUUGCUAGGAGGAAAUAAUGAAAUUUUAAGAGAGUUAGAAAAGAAGGUGGGGCAAUUUUUUGGUAGAAAUGAUUCCAUUCUAGCCGUUUGUGGAUUCUUAGCUUGCAUGUCAGGGAUCGCAGCUGUUGCUACGCCAAGUGAUCUCAUCCUAUAUGAUAGCCGAACACAUGCGUGUGUAAAAAUAGGAAUCCAAAUAAGUGGUGCCAAGGCAUACACAUUUAAACAUAACGAUUACAACCAUUUAGAAAUUUUGUUACAAAAGUAUAGAAGCAAAUAUAGAACCUGUUGGGUGUGUCUAGAAUCUGUGUACUCUAUGGAUGGAGAUAUCCCCCAUUUGCCCUCCUUUAAGAAAUUGUGUGUUAAAUAUAAUGCCAAGUUAUUUGUGGAUGAAGCACACGGUUUGGGGGUACUAGGAAAGACAGGGAGAGGAUUAGAAGAACAUUUCAACAUGCCAGGCUCUGUAGAUUUAAUAGUUGGAACGUUUAGUAAAUCCAUCGGUUCUGUUGGAGGAUACAUUGUCGCCUCUGAUGAGGUCAUCGAAUUUAUGGACAUUCAUUGUAUAGGAAAUGUCUUUUCAGCUCCACUCCCUUCUUACUGUGCAGGUGCUGCAUUAAAAGCCUUCGAAUUGAUAGACAGCCAACCGUGGAGAAUUGAGAAGCUUAAAUUUAACACAAAAUAUUUGCGAAAUGGGUUAAGGACUGGUAUGGGCCUAUGGCCAAAGGACUACCCAGAGAGUAAUAAGUACAUCAUCGAGGGGGAUGAUGAGACGAGUGUCAUCCCAGUUGUUUUUCCAAAUGAUCCUGAUAGAUUGCUAAAAAUUUGUAAUGUUCUUUUUCAAAAGAAAUGGAUGAUUUCGGCUGUUACGUACCCUGCUUGUCCUUUGAAGCUGCCCAGAUUUAGGGUCACUGCGACGUCUGCCUAUUCCGUGGAGUACAUGAACGAUUUUAUUCGCGAUUUGGUGAGUGCGACCGUUAGUGUGGAGCCCUCUCCGUUUGAUAACGGCCUUUUGUGA